UCGAUUUAUAAUCAAUUGAGCUGGUAUUUUUUCUAAUGAUAUUUUAAUGAUUCCGUCAACCAUACUAGUUCAGAAAUUACAGGGUCUAAACGUGAUUAGUUGAGUCAUUUCCACUGCGUUUAUGCUGUUCGGUUGUGGUGUCAUAUGACAAAGUCCUGUCUUAUCUACUCGUUUCCUUUGUUGGUAAUAGGAAAUUGCAAACAUAAGAUUACAUUUCAAGAGCAGCAUUCAUGUCAAUAUGACUGUGCUUCGCAUAUGUUUGUUCGGUAUCAUUUCGUGUUUACUCUUUGCUGAUAAGUUUUCUGAUGCUGUAACAUCAUAUAAUCUCACAAUAUCAACAAAUAGAAGUCUGAUACGAUACCAUUGGGAUAAUGACGAAAAUAUUACUAGCAACUGGACCAACGAAUCGAGUACAACAGGAAACAAAAAUGUAACAAGUAUUCUUCGAAGAGAUGAGAUAGAUUGUUUCGGAUUGGGAUCUACUGUUGCAUGGGGAUUGCACUGGUUUUUGGUCGGGAGUUGCAAAGAAUGCAGCUCUUUGGAUGUGAGGUUUUACUUAACAUCGAGGCAACAACCCCAAAGAGUCGAAGUGUUAGUUGGAAAACAAUUUGGUUUGGAAUGGACCGACUUUCAAAUAGAAAGGAGGACCGUUAUCAUAGUUCACGGGUUUUUGUCACACAGUAAUGAAACCUGGAUUAAAAAUAUGGAAAAGGCUUUCACUUUGUGGGGUGACGUGAACGUUAUCGUCGUUGAUUGGAGUGCUGGAGGGAACUCGUGGAAUUACUACAAGGCUGUUGUCCUCACCAAAUCUGUUGGCCAUAAAAUUACGAGGUUCCUAGGUCAGAUAGUUAAUUCCACCUUGGAUAGUGGUAACACAGAUUCGAGCAAUUGGGGCCCUAUCCAUCUGGUAGGUCACAGUUUGGGAGCUCAUAUAUGUGGCUUUGUGUCCCACAACUUUAAGCGUGCACAAGAUAAGUGGAUUAUCAAAAGAAUAACUGGUUUAGAUCCUGCGCAACCAUGUUUCAAUGCAAACGAUUUAACUAUGCAAUUAGACAAAACAGACGCACCAUUUGUCGACGUCAUCCACACGAACGGUCGCCUAUUAUCGCGUUUGGGGCUUGGUUUGCCAGCAGCAAUAGGGCAUGCCGAUUUUUAUCCGAAUGGGGGCAUGAAGCAGCCGGGCUGCUUUAUAUUGGAUACUUCGUUUUUCAGUUACCUACCGAUAUCAAAAUCAAAAAUUGAAGAAACUAUAUGUAGUCACGGUCGUUCCUACAUGUAUCUCACGGAAUCAUUGAUCAAUGCCGCAUCGCACAAUUGCACCUUUUGGGCACACCAUUGGGACAUGACCUAUAGGGGUGCACUACAUGCCCUCCAGUUACCAUGCGCUGCAAACAACUGUUCUCAAAUGGGGAUUACAGCAGAAGAGCAUCCACAGCGUGGUACUUUCUACGUUGCAACUGCUGAGCGGUCCCCAUUUUGUGUUGGCGAUCUCGGGUUCGGAAAAGAAAAUCUCAUUUACCUCACAGAAGACCUUGCAGGUGAGUUGGAUGAUUAGAUAAGAAGAUCUGAGGCUUGAGAGAAUUCCCUGGAUACGAAAUUCGCCAAUAUACGUAAAUAAAUGCUUUUAUUGACUUAUCAUUAAACAUGCUUGUCUUUUAAAUAAUAAUUAUGAUAUCAAUAAUGUAUUAUCACACUAUAGUACUAUAUACAAUUAAAUUUCGUUUUUGUAAUUAUUA